AUGUCAACUACAAGCGACCUGCAGUUGACUACAACUGAUGCUUUGUCAUAUCUCAAAACUGUGAGAGAAGUAUUUCAUGACAAAAGAGAUAAAUAUGAUGAGUUUAUUGAUAUCAUGAAAGAUUUCAAAGCUCAAAUAAUUGAUACAACUGGUGUUAUAAGGAGAGUGAAAGAGUUAUUUAAAGGAUACAAAGACCUAAUUUUGGGCUUCAAUGCCUUUUUACCAAAAGAUUACGAAAUCACCCUCUCUUCAGAUGAAGAACCAUUUUUCAGGAAGAAGCCAGUCGAAUUUGAAGAAGCUGUCAGUUUUGCAAAGAAAAUCAAGGCUAGAUUUCAAGGAGAUGAUCAUGUGUACAAAGCGUUCCUUCACAUUUUGAACUUGUACAGAAGAGAUAAUAAAUCUAUAACAGAGGUUUAUCAGGAGGUUUCAGUUCUAUUUCAGAAUCAUGCUGAUCUACUUGUGGAGUUCACUCAUUUUCUUCCCGAUAUUUCGGGCGCUGCCUCUGUCCAGAAUGCGCAACCCAGCAGGAAUCAUGUUGAAAAGGUCGAAAAGGGAAAGGGGAAGCAAAAAGACAGAGACAACUAUGAGUGGGAGAAUGAUGAUGGGUUAGGUUACAGAAGAAAAUCUGCUGGACGAGAUGGCCUUGCAGCUGACCAGUUACCCAGAGGAGGGAUGGAGGGGGCCGAGUCAGCUUUCCGUGAGAAAGUUAUGGAACGGCUUCAGGCACCUGAAAAUUAUGAAAAGAUUUCAGAUUGCAUCUGUUCAUUUAAAAACAAGUUUGUCCCAGCAGCUGACUUUCGGAAGCUGGUGGCUAGUUUAAUUGGAGAACAUCCAGACCUUAUGGAGGCAUGUGAAGAUUUCAUAACAUACGUUGAGAAGUCUGGUAUCAAGCGGAUCAAUAAAAAAGUUUUCAGAUCAUUAAAGGUGGAUGAAAAUGGAGAUUAUCAUGACUGGGAAGACAGAGAUGAAACUAAAGACCAUGAUAUCAGAGAAAAAGAUAGGCAUGAUAGAGGUCUUGCUUUUAACUCUAAAGAUGUCCCAGGACAGAAGAUUCCAUGCACAAGCAAAGAUAAGUCUAUGGCAAAACCCAUUCAUGAACUUGAUCUCUCUGAAUUCCAGAGCUGCACUCCAAGUUAUCGGCUUCUACCAGAAAAUUAUCCAAUCCCAUUAGCAAGCAGGAGAACAGAGAUCGGCAACCAAGUGCUGAAUGAUCGCUGGGUGUCGGUUACUUCAGGAAGUGAGGAUCACUCAUUCAAACACAUGCACAAAAAUCAAUAUGAAGAAACUAUGUUCCAGUGUGAGGAUGACCGGUUUGAACUUGACAUGCUAUUGGAAUCUGUGAAUGCGACAGUGAAGCAUGUUGAAGAACUUCUGGACAGAAUGAAUGCUCACACUACUAAGGCAGACACCCUUAGCCUAAGGUGUAUUGAGCGUUUAUAUGGUGACCAUGGGCUUGAUGUGAUGGAUUUAUUGAGGAAGAAUGCACCUGCAGCACUGCCAGUCAUUUUAACUAGGUUGAAGCAGAAACAGGAAGAAUUGGCUAGGUGUCGUGCUGAUUUUAAUAAAGUUUGGGCUGGUAUUUAUGCUAAGAACUAUCCUAAAUCACUCGAUCAUAGGAGCUUCUAUUUUAAGCAGCAGGAUACAAAGAACUUGAGCGCUAAAGCAAUGCUUGCCGAGAUAAAAGAAAUGGCCAAAAAGAACCAGAAUGAAGACGAAAGCUUCCUUGCCUCGAUUGCUGCUGGUUAUAAACAGUCAAUUAAACCUGAUAUGGUAUUCGAGUAUCCGGAUCCAGAAAUCCAAGAAGAUCUUCAUCAGCUGAUAAAAUAUUCUUGUGGGGAAGUUUGUACCCCUGAACAGCGUGACAAUGUCAUGAAGGUGUGGACAACUUUUCUCGAGCAAGUGAUGGGUGUUCCUUCACGUCCUUCGACCACAGAGAAGAAAGAAAUUGCUGAUAAGGAAAAUGGUCUUUUGGACAAAAGUAUGGAAAGUAUUUGUGAAGAGAAUGAUAGUCCUGCCGAUGGAUCUCCUGGUGGUGAUAAUGUUGGUAACAAGGGCGAUGUGUUAUGUGAUGCUCCAGAAAAUGGAGAAAUGCAGAUUGAUGCCAAUAUGAAAUCUGCUAUCAAACAAGCCAGUUUCUUGGAGGAAGGAACUUCGAGUUCUGUGGGAGUAAAGGACAUCAAGGAGGAAGAUCUUUCGGUUGCGUUGAAGGGACCUGAUUGUGCUGUUGCUGCUUGCAAGACAGUACCAACGCCUAGUCAAGGACUCCUGGAGAGGGAAGAGGCCGAACUAUCCCCAAACCGAAAUCACAUGGAGAUCGAUUACCCGUUAUCAGCAGAUAACGAUACCAAAGAGGAAACGACUCUUUCAGAGAGUGAGAACGUUGUAUCUGAUGAGAGUGAAGGUGAGGCUGAUGGAACAGAGCAAAUUGCCGAUCAUUUUGUGGGGAAAGAGAAGCCAUUUGCACUUAGGGUUGCGAGGGGGUUGCGUGGUGGAGUGGAGAGUUGUGGAGUGUUCUACGGAAAUGACUCUUUCUAUUUGCUCUUCAGGCUUCACCAGAUGUUAUACGACAGAAUGAUGAGUGCAAAGUUACAUUCCUCAUCAUCUGGCAACAAAUGGAAGAUUUCAAAUGGUGCUAAUCAAACAGAUUCAUAUGCGGGAUUUAAGAAUGCUCUUCGUAGUCUGCUGAAUGGUUCCUUUGAUAAUGCAAAGUUUGAGGACGAGUGCCGAGCCAUAUUUGGAGCCGAGUCAUAUGCCUUUUUCACAUUGGGCAAGCUCAUACACAAACUUGUCAAACAGCUACAAAGUAUUGCAUCAGACGAGAUGGACAACAAACUUCUUCAACUCUACUCAUACGAGAGAUCGAGAAAUACUAAAUUGUUCUCUGAUGAAGUUUACCAUGUCAACGCCCGUUUUCUUCUUCCGAACGACAACUUUUACCGGAUAGAAUGUUUGCAUUGUCCAACGCGUCUUACUAUUCAACUGAUGAGAAACGAACAUGAGAAGUUUGAACCAAUUGCUGUUUCAAUGGACCCCGAAUUCGCAGCUUAUUUGAAGAAUGAACUAUUCAUGGUUGUCCCCGAAAGAAUUUGGAAACUUGGGUUGUACUUGAAAAGGAACAAAAAGAAACUCUAUAAUGCAGAUGAAAGUUCUGACUUUGAGAAAGCCAUGGAAGGAUUGGUAAUCCACAAUGGUGUGAAAAUGAAAGUGAAUAGCCUCACAAAGAAGGUCGCCUAUGUUUUGGCCACAGAAGACUUCAUGUAUCGGACGAAAGGAAGAAGGCGUGUUUUAUAUCAAUAAGACCACCGCCAAAUGGCUCUUCCAAUGGCAACUCGCAGAUCUUCAAAAAACUUUUUUAUCUUUCAGCAGCUGUGGAAGUGUUUGCUGUUUUUGCUCAAUCAUAUACAAAAACAAGCUCUCAACAGUUAGCAUAUUCUGGUGUAUAAAUCUUCUUAUCUGACGCCCAGAGGAUUUGAGUCGUGUUCUUAGUGAGAAGUAGACUAGAUUUACUCUCACAGACUUUAAUCUAAAAUGACCUUUUGGAUUCGAA